GAAAAAUUAUUUGUAAACAGUGAAAAUUGUGGGAAAUUCGGAUUGUGUGACACCUCUUGUCAGAAAUUCGUUCCUUCUAUGAAUUAAGAGGUCUGCAUCAGAGCAAGCCAUGGAGCCGCGCCGAUCAAGUCGGCCUGUGAUCAAGCCGGUAAAGUUCUGGGAUUUUGAAAAGCCUGACUUUUCAAAGACUGAGCAAAUUUCGUACAGCAUCUCAGAACUUACAAGAACGUUUGUGCGUCCUAAUUCAUCCGCUAAACCCAAGAAGCAGUCCCAGGUCAGUGGGGUAAAUCAGGAGAAUCUGAAUCCCAAAAAACACACAUCCAAGAAGACUGCUGAGUCAGCGAAGCCUCGUAAACACCAGAGGGUGAAGAGCCGUUCGGAAGAUACAAAAACCUUGAAGAAAAGAAAUGACAAGACAAGCCCAUCAAAAACAAGUCUAAAAUCAACCAGCAACCAUGAUGCAACACCUCUGCCUCAAGAGAAAGCUUUAGCAAGAAGGAAACUUGUCAAAGAUUUUAAAAGGAAAAUAAAAAAUCACCAUAGCACACUUCAGACUACAGCCAACUCAACAAUGUGCACUGUUUCAGUAAUGAAUGCCACAGAUAUAAGCCGGCGGAGUGGGAGGGUGAGAGUGAAGCCUCUGGAGUUUUGGAACUUCGAGAAGAUUGAAGUGAAGAAGUCCGACGACGGCCAAGUGCAAGUGAUAAGCCACAAGCAGGAUAUUGUGGAGACGCGGAGGAGGAAACCGUGGGAAAUGAUGGAAUCGGCAGCAGCUCCUCCUCUUCCCCCACCCGUCCCUAAGCGGGGGAUUGCGACUCCGAGCAAGGACGCGAGCCCCCAAAAGAGGAGAAAGAGCGAAGAUACUCCAGAAGAAAAUGAUGUUGAUAAAAGAAGAAAAGAUCCCCAAAAAGUGGUUGAAGAAGACAGAGAACAAGUUGAGGCUGAAGAAGCUAUAUCAGAAAACUUGAAGGAAAAGAUGACAACUGUAAAAGACAUUGGGAAGGAACAAGAGAGGAAAGACGAUGAAAGUGGAAGUGAGGACAACUUGCAAGAAGAGAAGAGAGAGGAAUCCAAAAGUAAAGAAGGAGAAAGAAUAACAGAAGAGACAUCUCAUGAAGAAUCUCCGGAGAAGAGCUUGCAAGUGAUGAAAUUCAAGGACCUUUAUUUCCUGCACUACCUGAUGAAUGACUGCAACUGCUUCUUGGCCAAGAGCUACGAGGACCCCAGGCGUGGGGUGUUUGCUGGCUUCGUUUUCUUGGAGGGGGGCAGUCUCCUGUGGCAGGCCAAGAAGGACAUGUUUAUUAAGGUCAUUAGCGGACGUGGAACACUGAAGAUGGUGAACACGGAGACGAUGGAAGGAAUACAUGUGCCACUGAUAAAUAAAGAAAGUGCUACUAUUACUACAGGCACAAAAGCAGAAAUCAUCAAGGACCGAAGGUGUAAGAUGUUCAAGUUCUUUGUUGAAAUAAGGAGUUCAAAUUUGAAAAGGAGAAAUGACUAGUUUGAAAACACAU